AUGGAUUCCCCUUAUGAUGACCCAAAUUUCCUCAUCCUCCUGCUGGAGCAGGAGGAUCACUCUCUCAAGGGUUAUACGAAGGACUUCCUCGCCCUCCCAAAAGACUCACACUACCCAGACAGCUUCCUGUGCUCACUUUACUUCCGAGAACUUGACAACUCCACACGACCCAUGUACUACGACACCAGCCCCACUCCUGAUCCAGAGCCCAGCCCAUCAUCUUCCCGCGUCGCAGAGCCCCAGCCUGAGCCCACCGAUGGCGCAUUCACGGAGUCUGGCACGACCACGGAACCAUCGUCUAAGAGAGUGACAAAGCCGUGGAGCAUAACUGGACCCGAGCCGACUGCGACAGACCAGGUGCGUGCCCGUCCUGUUUGUCCGCUGGUUCCGCCCAGCUGCCCUAUUUGCCCGCUGGUUCUGCCCAGCCAUCCUGUUUGCCUGCUGGUUUCGCCCAGUCGUCCUGAAUGCCUGCCUCAAGAGCGCACCCUAGAGACUGUUCCUCAAAAGCUCCGUCCAGUGCCCAUGCCACAUGCGCUCCCUCCAGUGCCCACGCCUCGUGCGCUGCCUCAAGUUUAUCCACCUUCACACCCUCCCACCCUUGUCACACGCCGUCAAAGGUUCCCAGCAGCCCCUGCACUCAUCCUGAGCUCACGGGUCUGCCAAUCUCCUUCGCUGUCUCCAUCGCCGAUCCCUCCCCUCACCGUCCUGCCUCCAAGUCCCGGACUCUACCUCGGCUCGUAG